CUAUUUUAGACAACUCUUCGACCAACUACGCUUCAAUUAGACAUAAUGGCACAGAGUUCUGUCUCCGUGCGAGAUUACACUAGUAAUUCUAACGACAAUAGUUUGUCUACUAAAGAGUUUCUACAAAAUGAACAAUCUUGUGAGAACUUUAAAGACAGUGACGAAGAGAUCAAGAUGAUAUUGACUGAAAUUAACAAGCUUUCUGGUGGCAACAACAACAGUCUACUAGCUGGUGAAACAGACGAUGUUGAUGUGAUACUCAAGAGAGCGGAAGAUAUUGCAUUUGAAACAGAGAACUUAUUGAAAAGUAGUCCCAUAGCAUCUGUUCUAAACAUAGCGCCAGAAACAAGUAACAAUAAAGUACCAGAAAUUAAAGUUACAAAACCAGCAGAUAAUGAAAACAAGAUUGAAAAUAAAACUCCUGUGCACAAGGUGAUUAAGCAGAGUAGUAAAGAAACCGAAGCACGACGUAAAGCCAAAGCGAGACCUUAUUCAGCCGGUGUCAUCGAUUCCAAGAAAAGAGAGUCUGCGAAAGUCGCCAGGUUUGUCACAAAUUCACCAAAACGUGCCGUAACUUGCAAACACGAGCCGCUGAUUGAAGAAUUAAAAGACACCAAUGAAAGAGCCAAAAGUCUAGAGCUUGCUAACGUACAAUUGACAGACGACAAUAAAGUUUUGAGAAAGCAAUUAGAAAAAGUCAACGAAGAGAAACAUGUUGCUGAUCUCAAGUUGGUCGAAUGUGAAAAGUUUAUCGGACGCCUAGGGAAGGAAUAUGAGAAUAGAAACGCCGAACUGAAAGCGGUGAGACAAAAUGAGAGUAAAUUAAUGGCGGAACUGCAGAAGGAACGUAAUGAGAGGAAGAAUUUAGCGAUACAACGCGACAAGGACUCUACUAUCACUCAAGAUUUGCAGAGGCAAGUCAAGGAAAUGGAAAUGAUUUUGAGGAGGAAACAUCCGGACUCUGUUUCAGCGUUAAUAGUUGCUGCAAAAUCGUCAACUGUCGAGGACAAUAAGAAAAAGUUAUUAGAAGAACGUAUCGCGCGUUUGGAACAAGAACUAAAAGACAAAGAGACCCAUUUCCAAGGAAUUCUGCUGACCCUCCAAGAAAAGUUUGGUGACAUGAAACAAAAGUAUGAGAGCCACAUAAUAGACGUGGAACGUCAGUUAAUGGAAGAUCGAAAAGUAAACACUGAAUUGAAAAAUAAAUUGAAUAAGCUUAAUUUGGUGGAUACAGCUUCCCAAACUGUACCAAGGGGUCAGCACUCUGUAAGUACGCAGACGGUUCUGAAACCUGACAGGGCGUCUUCUGCCGUGGCCGUGAGCAGGAUGACGCAAAAUUCGGCGCUUCUUAUAAACAGACUGAAAGAAGAUAGUUAUCUGUGUGCUACUAUAAAGGGUCUGCAGGCGGAACUGACUGCCAAACAACGAACUAUUGCCAAAAUUAACCGAGAAACUGAAGAACUGAGGAAGAAUUUACGUAGCCUACAAAAGGAAAAAGAAGUGUUGCUACAUUUGAAUCCUCAAAAGAAACCGGGCUAUCGACCAAGCGCCAAAUCAGCCGAGAACAUUCUAGUCAAAGUGACCUCAGAGAUGGAAGCCGAAUUGUCAGAGAGUAAGAAACAUCAAGAAGUGCUGAUGCAAGAAAGAAGCAGCUUGCUUGACUCGCUCAAACGGACAAAUGAGGAGUUCAUACUGCUUAAGAAGAAAAGAAUUCAGGAUCUUCACACCCUUCAACUGGCUCACGAAAAGGAGCUGAUGCAGAUGAACAUGCAAGUCUAUCCUCUGCAGGAAGAAAUCAAGCUUCUAACUAGAACCGUGGAAAUACUCCAAGAACGUGUGAGGGCUGCCGACGACAAGCUCGUGAAGUACCAAGCCAGCUCUAAAGAGUAUGACGUCCAUGCGGGCGGUGACAACCCUAAUUUUAGAAAUAGAAAAGAUACUGGGCGUUGAUUUAGAUCCAGAGGUGUAAAGCCUGAGAAAUAAUCGUGGAAAUAUAUCAAAUUAGACAGCGGUAGAUGUCGCUGUACGGCCCCGUACAUUAUUCGCUAACUCAGGCUGCCAAAAGUUGACUUUUAACCCUUUGAACGCCACGCCUCGUGAACCUUGUCGGAAUGCACGAAGGUUGAUAUUGGGCUGUAUCUGCACGACUCAGUUGACAUCUUUGUCAGUCUAAGGGUCCGUCCGUUACCAUAAAACACUGUAUAGUGCUAUCUUUCUUACACUUUACACCUCACUAUUAACAACUUUUUGAAAGCCAUGUUGAAUUAAGUAUUGAAGGUAUAUUAAAACGAUUUCGUAAGCUGGUUGGCGUUCAAAAGAUUAAAACGGUUUAAGUAAAUACGUAUUUUCGUGUUGUGUUUAUACAUUUAAUUCGUAGCACAAGUGCUCGUGCCUUCAAGUCCUAUGUUAAUUUACAUUAUUAAUAGCUUGGGACCAUUGUCGAUGUUUUGGAGCGCAAAUCAAACAAAAUAGAGAAUAAUUAUGGUUGUGUGAGUAGUUGGUUUAUCAUAUGAAAUUGUGUUUAGGUAUAUGUAAUGCAUUGUGAAUUUUGCAAUAAUAAUGAACGUAAAGCGAUUAGGCAGAUACUUGAGCGUCCGCUACAAGUUCGCUGGUGAAUUUGAACUUUUAGAUUUAGCAAUAGUAUAUAAAUCGUUUCUUGGUUUUAUAUUACACACAGUGGAUGAGCAAAGAUAAUCUAAAUUCUAUUUUAAAUUUAAAACUUCAAGGUCGUUUUAUGCUUGGCAAAUUUAGAUCAUUGGAACGCAAAGGGUUAACAAUUUACCAGCCCGCGAAGAACAAGCGUUUUAUUAAGUAAUUAAUAUAGAUUUGCUAACGAACGUCUUGUACAAAAUGUAUUUACAGUCUGAUAAUUUCAGUCAAUUUAGUGUAAUUGUAUGGUAUGUAUGGUUCUCCAAAAAAGGAGUGUACAGGUUUUUAAAGGGUCGGCAACGCGCAUGGUAUUAUAUAUCUGAUGUUGCAGGCGUCUAUAGGCUACGGUGACUGCUUACCAUCAGGCGGGCUGUAUGUCUGAUUGCCGCCGACGUGUUAUUAAAAAAAAUGUAUUAUUUACCAGGCAGCGGGUGAUAUUCCACCCACAUAAUAUAUAAUUAACCAUAGUCAGUUUUUAACUCUAAAUCUCCUAAGAGGCUAAGUCUUUAAAGGGAAAUUUUAAGACUACGCAAAUUUUAAGAUUCGACAACUAACCGGGCUAUAGGCAGAAUAGUUCCCACACAGUCAAACUUUUACAAGAUAAUGGGAUAGUAUCCUCCCACAUCGAAAUUCUGGUCAUUUAAAAAAAUGUAUGAAUAUUUAGCGAAGUAUGAGAUUAGUUAAUUUUACAACACUCAAAAUCUACAAAAUAUCAAAAAUUUGUGCUAUUAUUUCUCUAAAAUUAAUUCGUGUUCGGUUUUCGUCAUAAACCACAGAAAGUACAGGUCAAGUGAAUUCAAACGACUGCCAAAUGAACGUAUUUAAUUGUGCUAUAAAAUAGAGGACUUUGUCAAUAUUAGUGGCCAACCCAACUACACAAAAUAAUCAGGUACCUGUAUAAAAGUGAC